AUGCCCCUCAACUACUCCAAAUGGGACAGACUCGAGCUGUCAGACGAUUCCGAUAUUGAAGAGCAUCCAAACGUCGACAAGAAGAGUAUGAUCCGAUGGAAACAACGGGAUAUACAUGAGAAACGACAAGCUAGAAAACUCAAGAUUUCGAAAUUACAAACUGAACUCGCUCUCAACGCUGUCCUUCGCCCACGUAUACAGGCCAUAUUGGUCGGCACGUCAGAGAAAGGUGUCGACCAUUUCCGGGCUGUUCAACGACGCAUGAAAGAACAGCCUUCGCCGGAAAAACCACCUACCGACGCGCCCAAUCAGCCUACAUACGAUCAGAUGUUAGGACAAUUAUUGGGAGAUGUUUUUCUCGAAGCUGCUUACAUCGCUGAUGGAGCUGUGAUCGAAGACGGUACGGUCAAAUUCGAAGAAAAGAAGGUGGAACAUACUAUGAACCUUCCAGAUUGGGCGACGGGAGUAAUACCUGAAACCAAAUCGAUUAAGAUCAAAGAUGCAUUGGUCAGUAGACUGAGCUGGCAUUUGGAGUUACUGGAUAGAAGAGAUGUGGAAGCGAAGAAAGAAAUGGAGGAGGAGGAACAAGAGCAAAAGAAGAGGAUCACUUCAGAGGACAUUCAUGAAGGUUGGGAUAGUUCUUCUGUGGUGAAAGUAAAGCCUAGUCCGCUGGAGGAUAAACCUAAGCCAGUAAAGAAGGAAGCGAAAAAAGUGGAGACUAUAGAAGUGUUGAAUCCUGGUGCAAGUUCUUCAACCGUCGCUCCACCAUCAUCAGACGAUACCGACGACGAAACCGACCUCACCCUUUCCUCCGCGGCUCGAGCUUUCGUUCAGAUCCCUAUUGGGGACUUUGAACAGUCCUACGCCUUCAUUCAAAAAGACUCGUCAGUACUUACUGAGCAAACCCACGAUGCGAUCCUCGGUGAGGCGUUCGAUGCUGAGAGACGAGGCGAUAAGGCUUUGGCAAAACGAUGUGUGCAUCAGAGUUUAUUGGUUAAUUAUUGUAGACAACUGGGGAGAAAUGGCGUAGGAUUGUUUUUCCAGAAGAUGAUAUCCCGUAAUCCGCAGUCCAUCAAGAUGUUCAAUGAAGAUCUUAAAUCGACUUACGCUCGUAUCGAAACCCGUACACAACAAUUGAUGGCUGAGGAAAGUCAAGAUAGAGAACAAAUUCAAUUAGUAGCUGAAGAUCCUAAUAUGCAAAUAGGGUUUAAUAUCCCUGAUGGACCUCCUCCUGCUGAAUUAAAGGUUGAGGGAGAAGGAGCGGAGACUUUGGAUAUUGAAGAGGUCCGAGCGUUCUUACAACAUAAAUGGGAAAUCUUCACUUCUUUCUCCUCGAAUUUACAAACAGCACUCAAGACUGAAAAACUCGACGAAGUGAAUAAAGUCCUAGGAGUGAUGAAAGUAUCUGAAGCUGAAAAGAUUGUGGAGUUGAUGCAAGAAGGAGGAAUGUUGAGUUUUAGUGAACCCGGAGUGAGGGAUAUGACCAAACCUCAAUGA